CACCUAAUAUAGAAAUCCCCAUCACAACAUUUUCUCAUCACUCACGCUGGCUAAUAUUUUUGGACAUUGUCUAUACAACUAUAAAUAAUGGACAUUUUGGAGAAGAAAAUAUCUGUGAAUUGACAUUAAUUUAAGAGAAGCAAUACAAUAUGGCUGAAGAGAAACACCAACACCAUCACCAUUUGUUCCACCACAAGAACAAGGAGGAUGAGGGUGGACCAGUUGAUUAUGAAAAAGAAGUGAAGCACCACAGCCAUCUCGAGAAGAUUGGUGAACUUGGUGCUGUUGCUGCUGGUGCUUUGGCCUUACAUGAGAAACACAAGGCAAAGAAGGACCCAGAGCAUGCACACAAGCACAAGAUAGAGGAAGAGAUUGCAGCUGUUGCUGCAGUUGGGGCAGGUGGAUUUGCAUUCCAUGAACAUCAUCAGAAAAAAGAUGCCAAGAAAGAAAAAAAGGAAGUUGAGGGUGGACACCACCACCACCACCACUACUAAUCAAAUUUAACUUUUUUAGGCACCUAUGGACUCUAUGUUUUGUCUAAUAUAAAUAAAUAAAAGAUACUACUAUAUAUGUGUUUUGUAUCCAAUAUUAAUCUCUCUCUAGAUUGUAUGAUUUGGUGUUUCUAUGUUAAUCUCACUAUGUAAUACUUUGAGCCCGUUUGGAUGGGCUUAAUAAAAGCAGCUUUAAAAAAGUA